CUAAUGUUCUGAAAUUUUAUAUUCGCUUAAUUGAAAAAAAAAAAUUGAAGGAGGUGAAAUAAAGGAUAAAAAAUUUAUUAUUUUUAAAUGAUGGACGCCAUGAGAAAUAGGCAAGAAAGCAUAUGUCCUCAACCAGGAAAAGUUGAGGGUGUUAUAGUCGCCAAAGAUUCUCACAUCGGAAAAACGAUUGGGGUAUUCACAAGUGGAGGAGAUUCACAGGGAAUGAACUCAGCAGUGCGUGCUGUUGUUAGAAUGGGUGUCUAUUUAGGUUGUCGUGUCUUUUUCAUUAAAGAAGGUUACCAAGGUAUGGUUGAUGGAGGUGAAAAUAUUGUCGAAGCCACCUGGGCAUCAGUGUCUGGUAUCAUUCAACAGGGUGGAACUAUUAUAGGAAGCGCCCGAUGCAAAGAUUUUAUAGGGCGUCCAGGCCGAUUAAAGGCGGCGCUAAACCUGAUCAAGAACCGGAUAACUAACUUGGUAUGCAUAGGUGGGGACGGGUCCCUAACCGGCGCCAACAUUUUCAAAAACGAGUGGAACGAUUUGUCGGAAGAAUUACUCAAGACCGGCCAAAUAACCCAAACUGAACGGGAUAUGUGUAAGGACUUGCACAUCGUGGGUAUGGUAGGAAGCAUAGACAACGAUUUUUGUGGGACCGAUAUGACUAUAGGAGCCGAUUCCGCCCUCCACAGGAUUGUAGAGGCUGUAGAUGCAAUCGCGACCACCGCUUUCAGUCAUCAAAGGUGUUUCGUUAUGGAGGUCAUGGGUAGACAUUGUGGUUACUUGGCACUCGUGUCGGCCAUAGCGACGGAAGCGGAUUUCGUAUUUAUACCCGAAAGCCCGCCGCCCGCCAAUUGGGAAGAAGAUAUGUGCAGUAGAUUGGCUCAGGAAAGGAAGCUAGGCCAACGCCUGAAUAUCAUAAUCCUGGCUGAAGGAGCCCAAGACUUGAACGGUAAUCCAAUUACGGCCAAUCAGAUUAAAGACGUAAUUACCAAAUACGUUAACAGCAAUAACGAGAAAAAUUGCCCUCAUCAAGUGAUAAUUAAAAACUUGAAAUUCGAUACGCGCGUCACCAUUCUAGGUCACGUUCAGAGAGGCGGGAACGCUUCGGCCUUUGAUAGAUUACUGGGUUGCAGAAUGGGAGCCGAGGCGGUGCUCGCUUUGAUGGAUUACGGAAACAAUCCCUCAUCCGAGAGCGAGGCUUGCGUCAUAGGUCUGGAUGGAAACAGGACUGUCCGCCUUCCCCUCAUGAAGUGCGUGCAGCGUACGCAAGCCGUGGGCAAAGCCAUGGCGGAUAAAAAAUUCGAGGAAGCCGUCAUGCUACGUGGAAAGAGUUUUGUGAACACCCUGGAUAUCCAUAGAAUGUUUAGCCAGAUUAGGCCACCACUUGAAUCCGGCGAUCUCAGCAAAAACAAGCGCAAAUUCACGUUAGCCGUAGUUAACGUUGGAGCUCCCUGUUGUGGCAUCAACGCCGCUGUUAGAUCUUUUGUCCGUAUGUCACUUUGUUAUGGCUACACCUGUCUGGGAAUUUCUGACGGGAUUAGAGGAUUCGCCGAAGGAAAUACCCGAAAAAUUAAAAUAAAAGCUUUGAAAUGGGGCGACGUUCAUGGGUGGGCUGGAAGAGGUGGAUCCUUACUUGGCAUAAAUAGAUCACUGGCAGAGGGUCAUUUCAAUGAGCUAGCAGCCAGGAUCAAAGAGUUUAACAUUCAAGGCAUUUUGUUCAUAGGAGGAUUCGAAGCCUUUAGAACUGUCUUACAACUUUACGAGAACAGGCCUAAUUAUCCAGAGUUCUGUAUACCCUUCGUGUGCAUCCCUGCUACCAUAAGUAACAAUGUGCCGGGCACGGAGUUCAGCUUAGGCGCUGACACCGCUUUGAACGAAAUUUGCUCGCUAGUGGACAAAAUAAAACAAUCGGCUACUGGCACGAAACGCAGGGUUUUCGUAGUCGAAACUAUGGGCGGAUUCUGUGGGUAUUUAGCUACUUGUAGCGGAUUGGCCGCGGGUGCCGACGCGGCUUAUAUAUUCGAAGAAAAGUUCACCAUUAAAGAUUUACAAAACGAUGUUUUACAUAUCAAAGCCAAAAUGGACGAAGGAAUCCAACGGGGCAUUAUACUCAGGAACGAAAAAUGUCACGAGAAUUAUACGAUGGAUUUUAUGAAUUCCCUUUAUCUGGGUGAGAGCGACGGUGUUUACUCUGCCAGGAAAAAUGUCCUCGGGCAUGUUCAACAAGGCGGCAUUCCUACUCCCUUCGAUCGUAACAUGGGAACUAAGAUGGCGCUCAAAGCGUUUAGAUACAUGGUGGAACAACUCGAAAAAUCCGUAUCUCCCGAAGGUGUAGUGAAGGCCGUGAGUCCCGAGAGUGCGGUUAUGAUCGGAUACAAAAAAAGAACUGUCGCGUUUACCCCCGUCAUUGAUUUGCUCGGUGAAGCCGAUUUCGCGCAUAGGACCCACCUAUGUCCACAAUGGUGGAUGAACUUGAGAUCAUUGAUGAGAAUUUUGGCCAAACACACGGCGACUUACGAAUCGGAAAGUAUAAUGGUAGAUCACAUCAAGGACGACGCUCUUCCCAAGAGUAUAGCACCUUACUUGUCUAAUUACUCCAUUUGAUAAAAUAAAAUCAAAAUGUGUUUUUUUUUCUCUCUCUCUCCCUUCUCCCUUCUUCCCUCUCUUGUUUUGUAUAUUUCUCUCCUUUUUUUUUAAAAAAAAAGCAAAAUUUGAUUUUAGAUUAUAAGUUACGGUUAAAUUUAGGAAAAUAAAAUUUUCUCAAAUAAUUGCGGCAGGCUAACGGAUUGUAUAAUUUAUCCGAUUAUCGCUCAAUUGGUCCACCGAUUAACGAACGCCUUUUAUUCAAUAUUUUUUAUUUCGAAAUACUAAACACGGAACUCACUCAUAAGGCAUCUAUCGAUGUCUUUUCAUUCUGUCGUCCUUAGCUUUGAUCUCCUUAAUAAAAAGAGAUUUCUUACUUAUAUAUUAUAAUAAAUGCAUAAAUUAUAUAUACGUAUUUUUAACAAUUAAAAUGAAGACACAUCUUUAACACUAUAUACAGCCAAAUAAGCGACAAUUUUUUUUAAAAA